GAAAAAUGGCGGACUUGUGUAGUGAGUUUGGCGAUUUAGUUAAAAUAAAAAAACAGCUGAUCUCUGUGAUAUCGCUUUGUAAAGAAAGAGGACUUGUACAUAGCGUGAAAUGGUAAGAAGCUCUUCUUGAUGUUAUGAUCAUUGUAUUUCUUUCAGUGAAGAAUGGCUUCAGUUGGUGAACUCACAGUUGUUAGCUAGCUUGCUAAUGCUAACUAGCUAGCUAACGAUUAACUUGCAAGUCUUGUCAAGUCUAGCAUAUUUUUUUUCAGACUGGUUCAGACUCUUAUUUUCUUAAUACAGGUUCAUGUUGAAGUUGAUAACACAUUGCGUUAACUACGUCAGUGAUAUCACCGAUGAUUGUGUGACAUUAUUUCAGGGCUUCAGAGUUGGCAUUUGCCCUGGACCCCCUUCCCAAGAAUGAAUUACCUCCACCGGCAGCUUUUACUGAGGUUUGUGUCUAACUAGUGGCUAAAGUUCACGAUAAUAUUUUCCUUGCUAAUGCAUGAACAAAUUGCUGAUCUUUUUGAAUUGGAGGCCAUUUGAGUGGUAUGUACAAUCUCUGUUAUCUCUCUCUAUCAUCCUGGUUGUAGGAGGAUGCUCAGGACCUGGAUGCUCUUGGCCUGGCCAAGUCCUACUUUGACCUGAAAGAGUAUGACCGCGCUGCCUACUUCCUUCGGGGCUGCCGCAGCCAGAAAGCAUACUUCCUGUACAUGUACUCUCGCUAUCUGGUGAGAUGGUGUUUCAGCAUUCACAGCAACGUCACCUCUAGAAAUCUAGUUGUCAAAAUGGGAAUAGAGUUAAUUUUUCCAGAAUCCUUGCAACUCCUUCAUGGGGGCCAUCCAAUGUAGCCUGUCAUUUCAGUAAUGUUGUCAAAUUCUGACACUCAUCUGUUUCCUUGGUUUCCAGUCUGGAGAAAAGAAGAAAGAUGAUGAGACGGUGGACAGCCUUGGUGAAGAGCUAAGCUUUCUAUGUCACCAAAUAAAACAUCAAUGCCAUCUAAAUCAAAACUGUGUGUCUAGACAGAGUUCAAUGUCUUAAUUGGUUGGUUUUUCCUGCUGUGAUUGGCUGCAGGGCCUCUGGAGAAAGGUCAGGUGCGUAACGAGGCUCUGCGGGAGCUGAGGGUGGAGCUGAGUAAGAAGCACAGUGCUGGAGAGCUGGAUGGAUUCGCUCUGUACCUGUAAGCACAUCACACUAUCACACACACUCAGUGGACCUGCGCACCAUACACAUGCUCAGUGAGUCUUUAACCUCACAAACCUGUGUGUGUAGGUAUGGGGUGGUGCUGCGGAAGCUGGAUCUACUGAAGGAGGCGGUAGAUGUGUUUGUGGAGGCGACCCAUGCCUUACCUCUACACUGGGGAGCAUGGUUGGAACUCUGUAACCUCAUCACCAACAUUGACAUGGUAAUACUCACAAAUCACCCAGAUAAUUUCUCCUCUGUACCCACUACAGUAGUUCCCAGAUCUACUGGACUACAUUACAUGUCAAUUAACUUCUACAGAAUAUUAGUGAUGUACUUGUGGCUCCUCUCUUCUCUCGUCAGCUGAAGUCCCUGUCUCUGCCAGACUGCUGGAUCAGAGACUUCUUCAUGGCCCACAUGUACACAGAGCUGCAGAUGAUCAAAGAGGCCCUGCAGAAAUACCAGAGUCUGAUUGAGUCCGGCUUCUCCAAGAGCACGUAUAUCGUCUCACAGAUCGCUGUGGCCUACCACAACAUCCGAGGUCUGUCAAGUCAAUAAAGUAAUAUGAAGAAACAUUCUGCUAUGUAUUUUCUUUCUCCUAUUCACUUUCACACCUGUGCUUUUCUUUGUCGUAGAUAUUGACCAGGCUCUGGCUCUGUUCAAUGAGUUGCGGGAGCAGGAUCCCUUUCGCAUUGAGAACAUGGACACGUUCUCCAACCUGCUAUACGUCCGGGUGAGACCCCAAUUAAUUGACUGUCUCCAUCUGUCGGGCUCCGUCUUUGUGAACCUGCGUCUGAGACUGUUGUGUUUCCACAGAGCAUGAAGCCAGAGCUCAGCUAUCUGGCCCACAACCUGGUGGAGAUUGACAAGUACAGGGUAGAAACCUGCUGUGUCAUCGGUAAGGAUUCUGCCACUACACAGCUAAACGGGAUGGAAAACCACACCUCUUCACAAGUCAAACCCCCUUACCAGAACUCUUUACUAUGUUCAGUAAUCACAGACAGACCUUUCAAGGCUCAAGCAGUACAACCAACUCUACCUACAACUGAUAUGUUAUGUUUCUAACCAGUGCAUUCUGUCUGUCCUGUGUGUAGGUAACUACUACAGUUUGCGGUCGCAGCAUGAAAAGGCAGCGCUGUACUUCCAGAGGGCUCUGAAGCUGAACCCUCGCUGCCUGGGUGCCUGGACUCUGAUGGGCCACGAGUACAUGGAGAUGAAGAACACCUCCGCUGCCAUCCAGGCCUACAGGUCAGACUGACACUCCACUAUGGCCCACUGCCAUCCAGGCCUACAGGUCAGACUGACGCUCCACUAUGACCCACUGCCAUCCAGGCCUACAGGUCAGACUGACACUCCACUAUGGCCCACUGCCAUCCAGGCCUACAGGUCAGACUGACGCUCCACUAUGGCCCACUGCCAUCCAGGCCUACAGGUCAGACUGACGCUCCACUAUGGCCCACUGCCAUCCAGGCCUACAGGUCAGACUGACACUCCACUAUGGCCCACUGCCAUCCAGGCCUACAGGUCAGACUGACGCUCCACUAUGGCCCACUGCCAUCCAGGCCUACAGGUCAGACUGACGCUCCACUAUGGCCCACUGCCAUCCAGGCCUACAGGUCAGACUGACGCUCCACUAUGGCCCACUGCCAUCCAGGCCUACAGGUCAGACUGACACUCCACUAUGGCCCACUGCCAUCCAGGCCUACAGGUCAGACUGACACUCCACUAUGGCCCACUGCCAUCCAGGCCUACAGGUCAGACUGACACUCCACUAUGGCAUGGCUUAGAGCUGGGACAAUAAACCAAAAAUUAUGGAUACCGACCGAACCAGUCAUUUAUCGAGGACUUUUUACUGAUAUCGAUAAUAACGAUAAGUCGUUUUUACUAGAGAAAUGUGAAGUUUGCUAGGGCUAUUUCGAACAGGACAAUUUAUAGCUACAGCAUUCAAAAUAGUAGUCGUUUUAAGGGUAAUAUAAAGAAAUAACUGGUGCACGCCACGCUGUGGCAUUGCUCAUCCUAUGGGAAUGAGAGAGUUGUGCUCCAUGGUUUUAUAUUUCUGUGUAUGUUUUCUUUGUUGAUCAGGCAUGCUAUAGAAGUGAACAAGCGAGACUACCGUGCCUGGUAUGGUCUGGGACAGACCUAUGAGAUCCUCAAGAUGCCCUUCUACUGCCUGUACUACUAUCGAAAGGCCCACCAGCUCAGGUGUGUGUUUGAGUAAAAGCCAAGUGAGAGGGUUCUCUUGUCAGUGGGUGCAUGGUAUCGUGUAGUAAAGUGUAUUACCCCGUGUAGCUCAGUUGGUAGAGCAUGGCGCUUGCAACGCCAGGGUUGUGGGUUCGAUUCCCAUGGGGGGCCAGUAUGGAAGAAAAAAGAAAUGUAUGCACUCACUAACUCUGGAUAAGAGCGUCUGCUAAAUUACUAAAAUGUAAAAUGUAUUACCAAAUUGUUACAUACUGUAGUGUAAAUGACGUGUCACUGUGUCACUGUGUCCCUCCUCAGGCCCAAUGACUCUCGUAUGCUGGUUGCUUUGGGAGAGAGCUACGAGAAACUCUCACAACAUGUGGAGGCCAAGAAGGUUAGCAACAGCAGCAUUCUAUCUCUGCCAUUAGUUUUCGUUUUCCUGUAUUUUUAGAAUGUAAUAUUUUUGCCCCUGCUGUAAUUUGUCAUUAAGUUCUAUUCUUUCUUUUUAUCCAGUGUUACUGGAGGGCUUACUCUGUGGGGGACGUGGAGAGGAUGGCCCUACUGAAACUGGCAAAGUAAGGACAUCAUAGCAUGUAUAUGUGUGUGUCCACUUAAUGCUGUGUUGUUGAGACUUAUAGUCCCUAAUACAUAUGUUGUUUGUUGACAGACUUCACGAGCAGCUUAAUGAGGCUGACGAUGCGGCCCAGUGUUACAUCAUCUACAUCCAAGACAUCUUCUCCUGUGGGGUGAGCAACCCAACUGUAUAUGUAUUUUUAUCUCUCUGAACAAAAAUAUAAAUGCAACAAUUUCAAAGAUUUUACUGAGUUACAGUUCAUAUAAGGAAAUCAGUCAAUUGAAAUACAUUUGUUUGGCCCUAAUCUAUGGAUUUCACAUGACUGGGCAGGGGUGCAGCCAUGGGUGGGCCUGGGAAGGCAUCGGCCCACCCACUUGGCAGCCAGGUCCACCCAUUGGGGAGCCAGGUCCAGCAAUUAAUGAGUUUUUUCCCACAAAAGGGCUUUAUUACAGACAGAAAUACUCCUCAGCUCAUCCUAUGGGAAUGAGUAGGUGUGUCCAAACUUUUGACUGGUACUAUAUAUAUAUAUAUAUAUAUAUAUACAGUGGGGGAAAAAAGUAUUUAGUCAGCCACCAAUUGUGCAAGUUCUCCCACUUAAAAAGAUGAGAGGCCUGUAAUUUUCAUCAUAGGUACACGUCAACUAUGACAGACAAAUUGAGGGAAUUUUUUUUAAUGAAUUUAUUUGCAAAUUAUGGUGGAAAAUAAGUAUUUGGUCACCUACAAACAAGCAAGAUUUCUGGCUCUCACAGACCUGUAACUUCUUCUUUAAGAGGCUCCUCUGUCCUCCACUCGUUACCUGUAUUAAUGGCACCUGUUUGAACUUGUUAUCAGUAUAAAAGACACCUGUCCACAACCUCAAACAGUCACACUCCAAACUCCACUAUGGUCAAGACCAAAGAGCUGUCAAAGGACACCAGAAACAAAAUUGUAGACCUGCACCAGGCUGGGAAGACUGAAUCUGCAAUAGGUAAGCAGCUUGGUUUGAAGAAAUCAACUGUGGGAGCAAUUAUUAGGAAAUGGAAGACAUACAAGACCACUGAUAAUCUCCCUCGAUCUGGGGCUCCACACAAGAUCUCAGCCCGUGGGGUCAAAAUGAUCACAAGAACGGUGAGCAAAAAUCCCAGAACCUCACGGGGGAACCUAAUGAAUGACCUGCAGAGAGCUGGGACCAAAGUAACAAAGCCUACCAUCAGUAUCACACUACUAAAAUAAUAAUAAAAAAUAAACAAAUGAAAAUAUAUUUUAUAUUUGAGAUUCUUCAAAUAGCCACCAUUUGCCUUGAUGACAGCUUUGCACACUCUUGGAAAUAUAAUUUGAUUUGAAGUGUUCAGAAACAUUAUUUAUAAUAAAAGAUACUCAAAUGACACAAUACAUUAUUUACCAUUCAUUUCUAUUGGGCAUAACAUAACAAAGUGCAAAUGCAUCCAACAAGUUUGUAGUCAAGCUUAGUCAUUGCGUGCUAGGAAUAUGGGACCAAAUAUUCAACUUUUGACAAAAUGUUAUACACAAUAGUUGAAUUUGUCCAAAUACUUAUGAUGCCUUCAAAUGGGAUGACUAGAUAAAGUACUUUAAUUUCUAAACGGUAAAACAUAUGUAUGAAAAUACCCUAAAAUGAAAGGUGACAUUCUGUACUGUCUCCUCAUGUAAAACAUUUGAUCGCAAAUUCAAAUUGCUGGAGUAUAGAUCCAAAUUAAAAGCAUUAGCUUCACCACCUUCCGGAGACAUUUGAAACCCCACCUCUUUAAGGAAUACCUGGGAUAGGCUAAAGUAUUCCUUCUAACCCCCCCCCCCCCCCCCCCCCCCCCAAAUUGUAAAGUGGUUAUCCCACUGGCUAUAGGGUGAACGCACCAAUUUGUGAGUCGCUCUGGCUAAGAGCGUCUGCUAAAUGACGUUAAUGUGCCCUUGAGCAAGGCACUUAACCCUAAUUGCUCCUGUAAGUCGCUCUGGUUAAGAGCGUCUGCUAAAUGACUAAAAUGUAAAAUGUAAAUGUAACUGUCCAAAUAAAUACGUGGGGGAUUGUAUAGGUAUGUUUAAGGAAUGUGUGUACCAUUGAGUCAGUCUCUAUGACCAGUCCUCCUGUGUCGGCACAGCUGGGGGCAUAUUCAUUACACCGAUUCUGUUGCAAAACGUUUAUUCAAACAGAAGUAAACUGUGAGGGACCUACCUGAAUUUGUCCAAUAGAAACUCUUGUUAUGCUCAGUUUGCUUCCGUUUGGUUCUUAAACUGUAAAUGGUUUCCAUAAUGAAUAUGCCCCUGGAGUUAGUGUGAAAAUCUGUGCUUACAGGAGCAGCUGGAGCAUGCAGAGGUGAGCACGGCGCUGCGUUACCUUGGCCAGUACUACUUCAAGAACAAGCUUUACGACGAGGCUUCACUGUGUGCACAACGCUGCUGUGACUACAACGACGUAAGCACUGCCUCUAGUUGAACUGUUGUCAAUGAACAAAAAUCAUAAUAUUUCGAUAAGAUGGACACUUCUAUCUACAUACACUACUGCUUGUCCGGUACAGCUAAAGUGUCAGUCCUGUUUGAGUUGAAGACCACAGAUGUAUUUAUUUAUGGGGCUGACUGAUUGCUGUGGUGUCCCUCUACAGGCUCGUGAGGAAGGGAAGGCUCUGCUCAGACAGAUCUCCCAGGUCAGAGACCAGAUGGAGGCCUCAUCCACAGACCUGUUUGGACCGCUGUCCUCCAACAACAACACCCCUGUUAGGAGGGUGUCCCCCCUCGACCUGUCUUCCUUCACCCCCUGACACACACCCCUCGACCUGUCGUCCUUCACCCCCUGACACACACCCCUCGACCUGUCGUCCUUCACCCCCUGACACACACCCCUCGACCUGUCGUCCUUCACCCCCUGACACACACCACUCGACCUGUCCUCCUUCACCCCGACACACACCCCUCGACCUGUCCUCCUUCACCCCGACACACACCCCUCGACCUGUCCUCCUUCACCCCGACACACACCCCUCGACCUGUCCUCCUUCACCCCACUGGCUAGCUGAAAGCUCUACUUCACUUUGACUCUAAUAGGACAACCUCAUCUCAGCCUUAUCCUGUUGGCUCCGUAUCCAGUUAUGGUGAAUUAGUACUUAAUGCCAUAUCGAGGGAGACUCAUCGAAGAGAUUGCUGUUCGUAAAUGUCAAGUCUUAUACAUAAUGUAAAUAUUUUCUGUGUAUGUUUACAUGUAGUCGGCAGUGCAGGAGUUGCCACCCUACUUUUGAAUAUGAAAGAAUUAUCUGAACCAUUGAAUCUGGAGUGUCAUUGGAUCAAUGGAAACUGCAUGCUCAUGUU